AUGGAUUACUUGACAAGAGGACUUGGUAAAAUGAGUGAGCUACCAGAUUCUCAUUUUCAUCCAAUGUGCAAAGCGAUUAAACUAACACAUCUAAUUUUUGCUGAUGAUUUGAUGUUGUUUUGUAAAGGAGAUGUUGCCUCAAUUAACAGGAUGAUGGAAGUACUCAACCACUUUAGUGCAGUAUCUAGGCUUCUGGCUAACAUAGACAAAUUCAACAUUUUCUUGGCAAGGAUGGAUGAGGAAUGCAAGCAGGAAAUUCUUAAUUGCAUAGGAUUUUCUUUGGGUUCACUGCCUAUAAGAUACCUUGGUUUACCUUUCUCCUCCAAGAAAUGGAGCAAAGUGGAAUGUCAUGCUUUGGUUGAAAAGAUUACAAAAAGAGUUUGCAAUGGUUAUUCCAAACUACUCUCAUAUGCUGGAAGGAUACAAAUUAUUAAUGUUGUUCUCUUCUCCAUUUACAAUUUUUGGGGAGCAGUAUUCAUCUUGCCACAAAGUGUGGUUAAAAGCAUUGACAGAAUAUGUAGAGAUUACUUAUGGGGGAAUUCCAUAGGCCACAAGAAGGUUUCAUUGGUAGCUAUUAAAAAGGAUGUACUAUGGGUGAAAUGGGUCAAUGAAGUCUAUAUGAAGUCCAAUCACAACAUCUGGGAGCACCAACCCCCACAGGAUUGUAGCUGGUAUUGGAAAAAACUAAAUGCUCUGAAGGAGAUUAUGGCACAAUGGUAUACUAGAGGAGUUUACCAACUGACCACUAGUGGUUUGUAUUAUGUGUCUAGCAGCUACAUAGUACUGAAGGGAAACAUAACCACGCUGAGGGAACCAGAGGUUAUAUGGAAUGCUGUAAUGUUGCCAAGACAAAGAGUGAUUACUUGGCUGGCAUUUCAAGAUAAGCUAAUGACUAAAGAAAGACCGAUGAGGUUGAACAUUCCUAUCAAUGAGGACAUAAAUUGCAUAGUGUGUGAUUGUGGAGAACCUGAGACUCACCAGCAUCUAUUUGUGGACUGUAGCUGGACCCAGAAUAUAAGGGUGGCAUUGCUCAAUUGGUCAGGAAUAACCAUUCCAUCCUAUGUUAGCAGAAGUUUGCAGUGGAUAAAGAAUAGGCACUGGAGGCAAUUCAGGAAAGAAGUAGCAGCAGCAAUCAUUGGGGCGAUAAUAUACUACUCUUGGCAAGCUCGGAAUUGGAAGCAUUUCAGGAAGACCAAUGUAAAUAAUGCAUCUAUAGAGAUACAAAUUAAGAAGGAACUUAGGGAGAGGAUUAGCAUGCUAGCAGGAUCUAGAAGAGCUAGAAACUGCCCAAUUUUGGUGCAGAGGAUAUGUAGUUAG